CCGCAGAGAAGAACCAAUUGCGUGGCUCCUACGUCAUGCGCAUCACAGCUCGUCACGUGGUACUCAACAAAGAAAGCGUGGUCAACCCUGUGGUGUCCUGGCCGCUGACCGGUCUAAGGGGCUGGAAAUGUGACCCAGAUGCGUCUCCUGGUGCAGCGGGGAAAACAGUUGCUGACGUUAGAGUCCGGAAGGAAAAGUCUGACUGGAGAGGGAGUAUUCCAGUUCUACACAUCACACGGUGACGAAAUCUACGAGUUGAUUCGCGCGCGCUCCAAGGCGCUAUUUGCAAAUGCCGUUAGUAAGCGCAACCAUUUUAAACCUGAACGAAGCUGCAGCUAUGAAGACCUCCCCUCUUCCGACUCUCCCUCUGUCAGACUCCCACGCGUUAACACAAUGAAUGAGGCAAGACUACUCUCUAAGAGAAACCAGCUACGAAUGCAGAAAAUGCUGGCAUUUGAUGGAAGAAAAAGGUCUGGCUCCGACUCCUGUCUGAGCACAUCGGCACAGUCCUCUUCGCACAUGAGUCCUGCAAGCGUAAAGCGUGACCUUCUGAACGAUGAGACAUCGAGUGCUAAGCUACUAGCAUCAACCGCUGACUCGGUAUUCGUCGAACACAGACGAAAUUUGUCCGCUGUACUCGAACUCGACAAAAGCAAAGAUGAACCGUUAGAAAACACGUAUCUUGAUCUUGUGGUAGAUGAUGACACGGAGCCUAUCCACAUAUCGGGGCCUAGAAGAAUAAGUAUGGCGUCUUCAACGAGCGAGAGCGAGAAAACACCCGAACACGAUAACCAGGGGACCGAGCGACCUGCUUACGUUGACGAGCGACGGCGGGUAACCACAGCUAUACCAAAAGAGCAAAGUGAUGGAAACAAGCCUGAUUACGCCGUGCGCGAGGAUAAACUCGAGUAUUCCAACCAGACUUAUACUGACCCCGGCGUUUUGCGGGAAAUUACUCCCAAAGACAAACCAUUGUCUGAUGCUCAGAAGAAACUCACUGAUGAUUUCUUCGCGCAGUUGGCGAACCCCACGGCCCAUCAACAGACAGUGUUCCCCUCCAAGCCACGGUCAAUGACCACACCCAGCCCUUCAACGUCACCCCCUAAAGCGAAUCGCCAACCCCUAAAGAAGAAACUCUCGGCGAGAAAGUCUAAUGAUAGGGGCGGCGUAGAGAAGACCCGUAGUAAGAGUGAGAAGGUGGCGCCCCCGAAAGUCCACGAAGCUAAGGUUAGGACUGUUAAGUCCGAGUCUGAGGCCGGGAGAAAGAACUACGCGCCCGAAGCCGGCCAACAACAGACAGAAAUGAAUAAGAAAAUAGAAGUUCGGCCAGAAGAGAUGGAAGGAAUCCUAGAGAAGGUCUUAUCGCAGAUGGAGACACCCUUGCGGCAAACCACUGGGAAACUUGUCUUCACAAAACCCAAGCGGAACAGCACGGGAUCCCUGUGUACCCAAAGCUCCGAGGAGAAGACUAAUGUCGAUCCAUGUGAUAAGGGUGAUUCUUUGAAUGUCGAUUACGCUUCGAAGAGACAAGUGGAGAAAAGUAAAUCCCAUUCCGGGAUCGAAAGAGCAAGCACUCAACUAAACCCUCCCCCUCUGCCUGUUCGACCGCCUCUGGGCGGCACCCCCCGGACCCGAGGCUCUGCCUCAAUGGGAGACAUUUUCGAGGGUAUCAACCUCCGGCCCGACCUGGGGGGUAUGGAUAGACAGAAGACGUUUUUCGCUAAAGGUAUUAAUAUGCACCAUACCUCAACCCCCACAGGUAAGAACUGGCCUCCGUUGGCUUGCGGACCUGAAUCUCAUCACGCAACUAGGCUUCUCAUGCGGUCUAACACUGCGAUGCAAUUACCGUCAGAAGUAAUCGGGUCUCCCCCUGGCUCGCCUCAGCUUGAUGAUCCCCAACGGUCUCGGUCGUCGUCGUUAAACAGAGACGAGGAAGAGCGGAACUUCGACGAGGAUGAUGCGAAAAAGCGUCGGGGUUCCAAGGCCUCCAAGAUUAUUGGUCGAAUUUUCAAUAGCAUGUCUUUCUCGCCGCGAGACGAGCGCCGAGGAAGUAACGAGUGCGGCACGACGGAGUUAGAAGAUUUACCGAAGUCGAGAAAAGCUUCAUUGACACCGGGAAUUGUCAACGAAGGAUGGUCGCCUGAUAACAGCGCCGAUACCUCACCUUCCGAGGGCUCUCCGAGGCUGACUGUCAAUCUUCGAGCAUCCCGAAGGGCCUCCCACGACGGAAUCCCGAGGUACAACCCAGGAAGCCCGCCGGUAAAUCAUAACAUGCGUGAGGAACAAAUGCGCAAGGCACAUGCGCGUGAAAGAGAGAGAGCGGAGCUACCCGAUGCACACGAACCUCCCCCUGCCCUCCCCCCACGGAAACACUCCGAUCCCCCACCAUUGCCACCACGACGAAAAAAGUCUCACGAAGAUAGCCCGAGCCCAUGCACGACGCCGCGGCGGAAGUCUACCGAGCUUUCAAGGUGCAGUCCUCACUUCUGCCGACCAAGCGCGGGUUUUACACCACUGUCUACAGGACUCUCGUUUGUAUUUGACGAAAACAUCCCGCCGCCCCCAGUCCCCCCUCGGAGAGACGAGAGGCGUGGAUCCCAAGCCCCUGCCAUUCAUCUGACAAAGUCGUCUCCUGAUGCUGGUGACAUGAAUAAUGAAUCAGAUUACGUCGGCUGCGACGGAUCCUUGAGUAAGUCAACAACUCGUCCGAGAUCAGCAAGCGACGGGUCAACUACAGCGGCACCCCCAACAAUGUCAUGCGCACCAAACACCAACGUCCCGUCACCAAUUCCCCAGCGUCCUCCGAAGAGCAAGGAGCUAUGCACCCGUCAACAGCACGUCGAUCAUGGCUUGGUUGAUGACGCUGCAAAACUGGGCCGUCGGGAAGUUGUCGGAUCCAAUUCGGGUGAUAAGAGCUCGAUUGAGCACGAGAAAGCUGUCGGAAAACAUGGAAAAUUGUUGCGUCAGGCAGAGCUUGUUGAACCAAGCGCAUUUUCCAGUUUCGAAAGAACAUCCGGGCAUUGCCGUCUGGACAUGGCGCGCGAUGAAUAUACGACUGCCCUAGGCAUUUCGUUCCCCACAGGAGCUGACUAUCAGAAUAAUAACACAAGUAGGCAAGGUGGCGUUGGUCAGAGGAGUACUGAUAGCACCAGGGUGAGCACAUUACGUUCAAGAAGCGUGUCCCCCCAUAGUUCAUCACUAAUACCAGAUGGGGACCCUGUGGCGCGAAAAUACUCGGCAGGAAACAUCGAGGCUGCAUCGGAGAAUUUCGGAAAGGGUUCGGAAAUGCUCGGUGCUGGCCGUAAUAAUGCUGGUCGAUCAUCGCCGGUCCCCCUCAAGAUGCCAAGCCGCGGCGGAGGACUGGUAAUGAGUGAUUCCAGUCCAACAAGUGCAAUAAGUGUAUAAUUGUACCAUAUUACGGUUGUAAAUAGUAUUGGCUGGUAUUGGUAAAAAUCGUCGAAAACCGUCGAACUCUUUUUAAUCUUGCUUUGCCAAUUUUCGUUAACAUUUUCCAUGCCGUAUGAAUUUAUUAGUUUAUUUAUUUCGUCACGACAAUGGAAAAAAAGACAGAGCAAGCACCGGUUUUCCGUUUCUUACCCCUAGGUUUAGAUUUACAUUGUGUUUACACUGCGUAGCAAGCGCAAAGGGCUGGGAAAGACAAGGAUAGACCACGCGCUCCUGGAGAGAAGGAUUUGAACGAAUCCAUCCCUCUCCCUGGUUCGCGCGCCUCGUCUCCUUCACUCUCCUUUCCUACCCUUUGUGCUUAAAGCCACAUUUCACAAGUUUACUUCCAGAGUGAGAGACAAAAGAAUCAGUUCAUCCGCUUUAAAUUAUCGACCGCAAAUGCUCAAAUAGUGCAUCAAAUGUUUUGGCGGUCCUGUAUGGGAUCCUAUGGAUUUACCGGCGUAUUCUUGGAACGUUUGUCUCGCUUGUUUUCAACGAUUUCCUUUCCUAUUUUAAGAGAAAAUACUUAAGAGUAUCGUUGUCUUUUUUACGUGGGAAGCCAGUGCCACAUGUAGAUAGCUCUGUGUUUUGUCGACGGCCAAAUUUAACUUAUAUAAAGCGGUUGACUUUGUGAUAGGAUGCCUGUGUUAUAUAUGGGAGCCCUGUGCUGUGUCAAUAGCGGCCUAGGCAAAGGGAUUUAAUGUAGAGAUACGGGUUGCCUGUGUUGCCCGGGUAACCCGUGUGGAAGUACUUGCAACGUGUACAGUUUUUAGGAACCCAAAAAUUGUUCUCCUACAAACUAUAAGUAAAAAUAUCAAGUAUAACUUUAACCAUUUAAAAGUACAACGACUCCUUUAUUCUAUUGCAACUUCAAAACGGAGGAGAAUAGUUAAGAGUUUACAACUUUUCACUGUCACAGAUUGAGUAUGUUGGUGUUAAAAUAAUUAAAAAAGAAAAUUGUCAUAUUAUACUAUUCUGACAUGUUUAAGAAGACAUGGAUUUUCGUAAGUAACCCACAUUUUACAUGAAGAAAUCACCCCCCCUCUCUAGGUACGAACCUGUAGUAUAAUUGACCUCUAGUAUACAAUACGAUACAUUCAGUAUAUAUUGUAAUAGUUUAACUUAUUAUCAGUUGCAGCGAAUAAAAUUCUGCUACUUA